GUUGUAGGUUUCUUUGUGCUCUCAGGGGACCAUUGUGUGCAGUCAAUGAGGGGUGGCAAUGGGGUGAAGGCAUAUCAUUGUUUCUACAACACCACUGUGCAGUGUAUGUCUGGUGUGGUCUUUCCUGCACAACUCUGUGUUUACAGUCCCUUCAAUGGUAUGCUGCUCACAGAUGACUUGGUGGCCUAUGUCAUUGUGAGGGCUUACAUCCCAUUGCCUAUUCCUUGUGACCCUAUUUUACUGGAGGCAUCGGAUCUGGCUACUGUGCCUGGUGAUCCUAAUAGUGAGGAGUAUGAGACCACCAUC